GUGAGGUAAUUUUUAGCGUUGUGCCUUAAGGAGUAAAUGAACUACUUCAGGCCGCAUGCUGCCUUGAAAUUCGCGUGUAUUAUUGCCACCGAGCCAGCGACAGUCGCCUGCCUCCGUGUUUUACGACGCGUUUUACAGAGUGUUUUACUAACAGGAAGACAAAAUUUUAAGUUAGGAGCGUGAACCGGUUCCACGGUAAACGUUUUAAAAGGCCAGGAUGGUGUUAACCACCCAGCAGUGCUAAUAGUCCCUUUUCCCGUUCAGGUCCAGUCCAGAUGUGUUUGAAUCCCGUAUGGAAAAAAGAAAUGAGGUGAAAAAGCAGCCCGUGGGAUACUCCAACCAAGGAGAGUUUAUUAGAUGCAUGGAGGAAAAGAAGGCUUGGGCACAAAGACAUCAAAGGGAGGUUUCACAAAAGAUAAGACGCUUGAUUCGAUUCUUAAUGUUGAGAUGGUGAAAGAAAAGUCAGCGGAGGAGAUAAAACAGAUUUGGAAUCAGUAUUUUUCUGCAAAAGAUACAGUUUACGCUGUUAUUCCUGCGGAGAAGUUUGAUUUAAUGUGGAAGAGAGCCCAGAAGUGUCCAUCGUUUCUGUAUGCUUUGCCAAGAAAAGAAGGCUAUGAGUUCUUUGUGGGGCAGUGGUCAGGAACAGAAUUGCACUUCACUUCCCUUAUAAACAUUCAGACCCAGGGUGAAACUGCUCCUAGUCAGUUGGUCUUGUACCAUUAUCCUGAGCUGCAGAAGGAAAAAGGGAUAGUACUAAUGACAGCAGAAAUGGACUCAAAGUUCUUGGUGGUCCAUGAAGCGCAGUGCUUGGCAAAUCAGGUGCAGCUUUUCUAUGCAACGGAUCGUUCUGAGACCUACAAAUUAGUGGAGACCUUCAACCACAGAUCUAGUGAAUUUAAAUACAUGUCAGUUAUAGCAGAGCUUGAGCAAAGCGGACUCGGACGAGAACUGAGACCUGGUCAGGUUUCUGACAAGUCGUAGAUCCUGGCCCGUGAGUGAAGCAAGCCAGCAGCAGGCAGGGGGUUUCCUAGAUGGGGUGGUCCUGUCUCUUUUGUUUUACAAAUUUAAUUUGGCUACAGGUAGGAUCUGGAAAUGUCCUGGGAGCAUGAUAGUCAAGCCUGUCUGGCACUGAUGCAAGCUGAGUACUUGGGCCAUUUGAACAACGAUAACCAAUUGCCAAAGCGGGGCCGUGUACUUCAGUGUAACUUUGUCAGAAUGAGUUGUUUUCCCAUCCUGUAACUUAUUGCUGCAUGCAGUAUUUUAGAAAUCCAAAAUAAAAUGACGGAAGGGGAGCUAUGCAGUGGACUAUAUUGCCAUCAGGAGACAGCUAACAAUGUUUCUUCUCAGUAAAUGCAUUUUAAAUGCCCUCCACCAUUAUAAUUGCAUGGUCCAGUGCUUUUUAAUCCGUGUGGAAUUUAUACAGGCUUGUCCAUCAAGAAAAGGGAAGAGGGCUGACGGUCUAAAACAGACUUCUCUUUGUUACUUUUGUGUGUGAGGUUCCUUACACAGAUGUAUACUGUGGCCUGUGUUUUUCUCAGGAUUAAAAAAUAGACUGACUAGAUUUGUUCUGGGAGUUUUGUGCUUCUUGAUAUAUUAAUUUUAUCUUGUUGCUGUGUUUCUGUCUUAGAGAUGUUUUUCUUGAUGAGUAGGAUAUUAUAAACAUGGUUUUGUAUAUUUUCUGAAUAGCGUAGAAGAAUUACUGCAUAUUUUACAGAAUUAAUUUUUCUCAGGCUGGCAGCUACUCAGGUAACUCUACAAAUGGUAUUUGGAGGGACAAAAAAAUAGCUCAUUCCCAUUUCAGGAAAAGCCACUAUCUGCAAUAAAAGCAAGAUGGAAUUGCAUAGUAACAGAGCUAGAGCCACCAACUGGUUUCUCAAUUGCUAAGUGACAACACAUGAUAAAAUGCAUUGGUGUGAACAUGCACUGCGCUGGUAAGAAUCUGGGUUUUAAGGACUACAGCUGGUUUCAUUUUUCAAACCUGCCUUCAACAAAAGAAUCCCAAAGCAUUCAUGCUUUGAGCUUCUCUCAUUCUCAUUCCCAGCAGAGGCAGCCAGGUCAUCUGUGGACAAGGGCAUGCUGCAGCGGGGCUAGGGCAUGUGAAGCUGGAAAGCAUUCCCUCCUUUGCCAAAGAAAUGGAGGCAAGAAGAGCACACAACUUGUCUCUCUGCUAGAGGAAGACCAAUUUUCUGAGCAAGGCUGGUAACAGAUUUUCUGUGCUACCCUUAGCCGUGACCCGAUACAUAGGUUCGAUUACUGGUAAAGGGCUCUUCCGCAACCUGCUUGCUAGUGUAGUAGGGCCCUGUUGCUGUAAUACUGUCGUUCAGCCCAUUCUUUGGACACAAACAGUGUUUGGCUAAGCACUAAAGGACGGAGAGUAAGGUUUUACUGCUGGGGUGUAUUUUAGCAACGACUCAUACACACUGGGUGUGAACUCCUGUCCAUUCAGGGACUUAGAUGAUGUUUCUGGAAGAGGCACAUCUUCUCCUGGGGCUCUGCUGCAAGAUGAUGGUCUUGCUCCCUGGUAAUGUCAUCUUUUUUUUUUCUGAUUGCAUUGGGCCUGGGAGUGU